UAAGUGAUUUCUGCGGUGAGCCAAGCAAGCUAUCACCUUCGAUAAUGCUAGAGAGGCUACAUACCACUGCUAUUCCGCGCGGUCUGUUGGACGCGGGUUACUUUGAACAAGACCAGCAGGCAGGCGAUGGCGCGGAGUGUGUCGUCAGCUGUUGUAACAAGCCGCUGUGUAAUGUGGCCUGGUUUACUGUUGGGAAAUGCUUCUCUAUUGAGUGUAACGUGGACGAUGAAAGGGCCUGCGAACCUGUCCCGCAGUCAACAUCAAAAUACAAGGACACGCUUUUCAUACAGAUUAGAUCAAUAAAUGAGACCAAGGCCAGCGAUGAAUGUGACCUCAAGGAUGACAACGGUUGCUAUGACAAACAGGAGUGUGUCACAGUAGGUCUUGUGACGAGGUGUAGGUGCGUGGACGGGUACCAUUUCAGGAGUAGCAACAAUAAGACAUGUGUGAAAGAUUCAUUCAUUGGAAUGAUUACAGAAAAAGCAGGUGAACCAUUGGAAUGUGAGUACGGAAUCACCUUUUGUGGGCAAAACAAGGAAUGUGUUCUGCCCGCAGGCUCCAAAUCACGCCAUGGUGUCUGUACGUGCAAGAAUGGCUUCACCAAAGACAUGUCUGGGAAAUGUGUGGAAGUAGCAAACAAGGGCCAUAACUCUGAGUCACCCUUGGAAUGCGAGUAUGGGGUCACCGUUUGUGGGCUGAGUAAGGUAUGUGUUUUGCCUGUGGGAAGCAAAGCCCGCAACGGUGUCUGCAUGUGCGAGAAAGGCUUCGAGGAAGAUUCAUCGGGGAAGUGUGUGGACAAGGGGGAUAACUCUAAGAUGCCCGUGACAACCGACACAGGUGGAAGUGGCCUAAAUAAGAAUUUAACUGAGAAAACAGCGACAUCAGAUGGAUCAUUAGGAGAUAGAGAAUUCAUUAGUACAACUACUGUUAAAGCGAGCACUGGUCAAGGUACCACAACAAUGAUACCUAUUCCAGAGAUCAAGAAAAAUACAACACCAUCAGUGACCUUGCUGACCGUUUCAAUAGGACCAAACAAGGUCAUCCAGUUGCCAGACAACCAAGUCACUUUGAAAGCCUUCACCCUACCAGAGGAGGAUAAAGACAAUCCCUACCACUAUGACUGGACCCUUGAGGCUCAUCCAGGGGGAGAGAAUACAGGCAAUAUGGCGGGAAAAAACACUAACACCCUGGUCCUUACGCAGCUUAUUGCUGGUGUAUACACGUUUCGUGUUCAAGUGACGGGCACUGACAAGUUUGGAGAUGCGAGAGUGAAUGUGAGCGUAUUGCCUCCUACAAGGAAGAAUGUGCCCCCUGUUGCAGUUGUGAAGCCAUCAGAUUUGGUGGUAAAACUGCCUAACUCGGCCAUAUUGGAUGGUUCUGAUAGUACGGAUGAUGACAAGAUAGUCAAGUACCAAUGGGAGAUGGUACAAGGCCCUCUGCAGGAUAAAACCAUCGCCGGGGAGGCGGCCAUACUCACACUGACCGACCUUGUGCCUGGCAAUUACACAUUCAAAUUGACAGUGACAGACUCUGAUGGUGCUACAAACUCUAAAACAGCGAAUGUCGGUGUUAUAAAAGAGACAGACUACCCACCAAAGGCCAACGCGGGUUCAGACAUCGUGAUCAACCUACCCCAAAAUUCUGUGGUGCUGAAUGGUAACCUGAGCACAGAUGACAAGGGCAUUGUGAGUUAUGAGUGGAUCAAGGUAUCCAGCGACAAACUGGCCGCUGAUAUGCAGGGGACCAGAACGUCAGAGCUACACCUCAGCAAUCUAGAGGUGGGAGACUACAUGUUCAGUCUCAAGGUCACGGACAGUGCUGGCCAGGUGUCUACUGCAGAUGUGCAUGUAUACGUGAAACCUGAACAAAACAAGCCUCCCGUUGCCAUGACGAUGGGUACCAUGGAGACUUCACUUCCCCUUGACAGCAUCUUAUUGGACGGCAGCAACAGUACAGACGAUCAGAAGAUAGUGUCCUAUGCUUGGCAACAGACUGCUGGACCUACCACGCUGAUUAUCCGUGCCCCAGACCAGGUGACCACGGAGGCCAUGGGUGAGAUCAAGGUUGGGAAAUACGAGUUCAAGGUCACCGUGAAAGAUGGGGAGCAACUCUCGUCUUCCAAUGUGCUUACCGUGGUAGUGAAACAAGUGGCCAAUGAACCACCCAUAGCGCGGGCUGGUGGCAAUGUAGAAGUGCAGCUUCCACAGGGUCUGGUGACAUUGGAUGGAUCUAAGUCAUCGGAUGAUCAUAAGAUAACCAGAUAUCACUGGGUCCGCGAAGCUGCCUCUCUCGCAGCAGGGGAUGUGCUGAACAGCAGUGACCACCAGGCGGUUCUGCAGCUGGUGAACCUUGUGGCUGGGCAUUAUGUGUUCAACCUUACAGUGGUGGAUGAGGGGGGAUUCAGUAGCAGUGAUAGAGCCUCUCUGCUGGUCAAAGAAGAUCCUCACAAGAAAGACCUGAUGGAGUUGGAGCUAGAAGCUGAUAUCACAGAAUUCACCCUAGAAAAUGAGAAAAAUCUGGAGGGGCAGUUAGCGCUUCUGUUACCUAAGCAACCUGAACUUGGGGAGUUGCAGAUCAGUAUUCAGGGCAUGAGUGUGAACCCACAGUCUGGGAAUCUCAGGGUGCUAUUUUAUGCAAUCAAUGUGCUGCGUGAUGUGAGGACAUACAGAGAUGGUGUGGCCACAUUGACAGAGCUCAAGAAGAAGCUCAUGUCCUCUCCCUAUGUGCUGGAGUACAAGGUUGCCAGUGUGGAUACACUAGUAUGCCAAAAGAACUGCUCUGGGCACGGUCAUUGUGACAUGAAGACCAAGCGGUGUAUCUGUGAGGCCUUCUGGACCUCCAAUCUCUUCCUGUACUGGAUCUACGGGGAGACUAACUGUGAUUGGAGUAUUUUGUACGUUGUGAUAGUGUGCUUUUUCAUUGUGAUAUUCUGUACUGGUGCAAUAUGGGGCUGCAUUUUCUGCUGGCAAAGAAAAAGGUGCAGGUGCCGGUGCAGUGGCUGUCGUCGAACUACAAAGAAGAGACAUCGCUACUCUCUGCUGCAAGACGCAGACAAAGAUGAAGAGACGCUGGAACUCAAAUCAGAUGAGUGAUUUGUCAAAGCUAUGCAAUGUAAAAUGCAGAACAGCAGUUUGAUGCUGUCGGACUCGGAGUUCUCAAGUGAAGAAGAAACUAUAUUCUUGAACAAUAAAAAGACUAAUGGACAUAUUGGAAAAUUGAACGGAGUGAAUAAACAUUUGAAG